ACCGACUUUCAUUUGGCGUAAAUUUCAAGCUCAUUUCACAUUCAUUUCGAAAACCGCUCCCCUAAAACACUCUCUCACUCCUCAGUCGUCACUGAUCUUCGCUCUGCCGCCCUCUCGCAGUCCUUUCCUGUACGGAUGACGUUUGCCUUCUUUAUGUAGACGACAGACAACGCUACGCUUAACCUGCCUGCCGCAUGUCGAGGAUUUUUAUGGCGCCGUAUUAAUUUUAGGUUUUUUUGGUUUUGCGUGGCCCAAUCGGUGGAUCGAUGAUGUCUGUGCUACGGAUGUGAUGAUUUUGCAGGUCUUUGGCAGUAGCGUCGAUUUUUGGGACCAUUGGUUGUGGCGUUGUCGAUAUGUUUUCCCUUCUGUCUUCGGAUAAAUUUCCCGUAACUCUCCAGAUCUUCUCUUUGUGGUUGUUCGCAAUUCUGUCCCUUGGAAUCGUGCUACGGUCGUAAUUUUUAAUUGUGGAUGGCAUACCUAAGCCAGACUUGUUCAAGUGUUGCUAUUGCUAUAGGUAAUCUUAAGAUAUGAAGGAUACAAGUACUUUAUCUAUGGCUACUGAGGAAUCCUUUCCGAGCUUACAUGAACUAGCUGCCAACAAUGAUGUUGAAGCAUUCAAGCGAUCCAUUGAGCUUGAUUUUUCCGGGAUAGACGAGGCUGGGCUAUGGUAUGUCCGUAAGAGAGGUUCAAAGCAAAUAGUCCUCGAAGAGAGAACGCCUUUGACGGUGGCUGCGUCAUAUGGUAGUGUCGAUGUCUUGAAGCUGAUAGUUGCUCUACCUGAGGUUGAUUUGAACAGAUUAUGUGGCCAAGACAAGUGGACUGCACUCCACUGUGCUGCUUUUGGAGGGUCUAUUAACGCCUACGACGCUGUCAAAAUUUUAUUAUCUGCCGGUGCUGAUCCGACCGUCGAGGAUGCCUGUGGUCUACGCCCAAUUGAUGUGAUUGUAGUUCCUCCGAUGCUUCCCGGUGCUAGAACUGCUCUCGAGGACUUGCUCGUAAACAGUGCUUCAAAUGCAUCUGCCGGUGACUGUAGUAAUCUACGAGUUUCUGUAUCUGCCUCCAACGUGUCUUCGCCCGUAUUAUCAUCUUCUCCGGACCCAUUUUAUCAGUCUGAUUCGGAAUAUUCUCCAAUGGCCUCAAAGUUCAACGACGUUCAUCCUAACUCUGCCUCAGAGAAGAAACAUUAUCCCGUGGAUCCGUCCCUACCCGACAUCAGAAAUGGCAUAUACUUAACAGACGAGUUCCGCAUGUAUUCAUUCAAGGUCAGGCCGUGUUCGAGAGCAUAUUCCCACGAUUGGACCGAAUGCCCGUUCGUUCACCCCGGCGAGAAUGCCCGCAGAAGAGACCCGCGGAAGUUCCACUACAGCUGCGUCCCGUGUCCCGAGUUUCGUAAAGGUGCGUGCAGGCGAGGCGACAUGUGCGAAUAUGCGCACGGCGUGUUCGAGUGCUGGCUGCACCCUGCUCAGUACCGAACAAGAAUGUGCAAAGACGGUACGAGCUGCGAAAGACAGGUCUGCUUCUUCGCCCACACCCCCGACGAGCUCCGCCCCUUGUAUGUCUCGACUGGGUCGGGCGUUCCUUCUCCUAGAUCAGCUGCCUCGGCUGCCGGCUUCAUGGACAUGGCUGCAGCUUUGAGCCUCAUGCCCAGCUCGCCUACCUCGAUUAUGCCUAAUCCCGCCGCGUUCAACCAGACGCUGUCGCCGACUCCGAACGGGCUCUCUCAUUCAUCCGCGCCAUGGCCUCAAAUGAAUGCACCUGCUCUUCAUCUUCCUGGUAGCAAUCUCCAGUCCAGCCGCUUGAGAUCUUCUAUCAGUGCUCGUGACAUUCCGCCUGAGGAUCUAAAUCUUUUGUGCGAAAUUGACGCCGAUUUGACAUAUUUCUCACCCUCGCAUGCGAAUCUUUCGAUGCUGAGUCAUUCUGGUCGAUCUCAGUCUGCACUGGCUCCUUCGAACCUUGAAGAGAUGUUUUCGGCUGAGACUAUGUCUUCUUCGCCGAGAUUUUCCGAUCAGGCUGGGGCUUCGGGGAUUUUCUCGCCCACGCACAAAGCUGCCGUGUUCAAUCAGUUUCAGCAGAGCAAUUUGCCGCCGGUUAACACGACGACGGUGUUUUCGCCGAGAAAUAAUGCUGACCACUCCUUGUUGCAGGCUUCUUUGGGUGCCUUGUCUCCGAGGAUUAUGUCACCGAGAAGUCUAGAGGCUUCUGCUGCUGCUUCAAUGAGUGGCGGUGCUCGUCUCUCGGCCUCCGGCCUGCGCGGACCCGUCCGUUCGCCCGUUGGGUCACCCGGCGGAGCUUGGUCGAACUGGGGAUCAUCAUCUAACAGAAAAGUUGAUUGGUCUGUGGGUGGAGACGAUCAAGAUUGUCUAAAAAGAUCGCCUUUUGGCGAGCCCGCCGGAGAAAUAGCUGACCCCUUGUGGAGUCGGCCUCUUGGUCGGGAACCACCGAUGGAGAUGGCGGCGAACAGGCAAGCUCCGGCUGUGUCUGGUGAGUGCGUGAAAUAUAGUAAUUCUGAAAGUGAGUUGAUAGAUCAUUCGGUUUUAGGGGCUUGGUUGGAGCAGAUGCAACUGGAUCAGCUCGCGGUUAAGUUAAACUAAACUUUUUACCGUUAUUUAUUUAUUAGACUUAGAGAGACGGUUAGGAAGUGUAAUUUUUGUGGUUUUUUGGAAAGAAAGAGCAGCAGAUGAAAAUGGCAAGCGCAGGCAGCCGUUUUGAAGCUCUCUAUAAUUAUGGCUAUAUUUUUACUAUUAUCAUUAUUAUUAUUGAAUUUUUGACUUUACUUCCCUCA